UGGGUGCUCAGUGUGUCAGCAGGCGACGUGGUGUUAGUGUGUGACCUACCGUGCCCUCGAGUGGACUUCAUUCACUGCUCUUGCCUCUGCGUGCCCCCCCCCCCCCCUCACUGGCCUGCUCGAAGGGGGUGCUGGAUACACUGGAUACUUUACCUCCUCACGACCGUUUUCAUCUACACAUAUAUACAUAUAUAUUUUUUAAACCUCCCGUUUUGCUCGUUGCAUUCGGGGUCGAGUGUGCUUCGAGGAUCUUGUGAUUAUUUUUAAAAAAAAGAGAGAGAGAGAGAAGAGAAAGAGAAAAGAAUUAUAAUAAACCCCAUCUCAUCUAGCGAAUUUAGCCAUUCGAAGAGAUCGAGAUAACACGCAAAUACGCCGCCAAUUCUCUCCUCAAAUCUUUUUUUUUUUUUUUUUUUUUUUUUUUAAGUGUUGUGCCGGAUUUUUCACAAUUCGUCAAUGAUGUCUCAAGAUGAAUUCUUGGCACAGACCUUACCCUAGUGUUCCGGAGCAAGAUAUCCGACACUACCAACAUCAUCACUACGACCAGCCUCAGCAUCCCCAGCAACAUUCCUAUCAAUACCACCAAAACCUGCAACACAUUCACCACUAUCAACAGCAGCAACAACAACAACAACAACAGCAACAGCAGCAGCAACAACAGCAGCUGAAUUCUCUGGAGGGCGUGCACAGCGGCGUACCCACCCGUACCACGCCCACCUUGACGCCCACCACCCUCAGGAACAUCGAACAGACCUUUUUAGAGCUGUCGAGUGUCCCUCAGCCCGAAACACACACAAACCAGGCGGGCUUUGUUCCUCCGCUCGUCCAGCCCACAGCCAGCAGCACCUACAUAUCCGUGGACAGCAAGUGUUGGGGCGGCGGAACUCUGACGCAGGUGCCGGCGCCGACCUCGUCCUCGUCUUCGUCAGCGUCCUCCGUGUCCUCAGCUACGGGCGUUGUGCAGGUACGCCCACAAUCGAGUCUCAUUUCGGCGAAUCCGGGACAGGCGCUGAACAUGCCCGCCCAAAUCCAGCAAGCUCCCGUCAGGAGGACCGGGGGGCGGAGGCCAGUGAAGGACGAGAAGGUAAAUUUCGGACUGUCCCUGGAGGAGGAGGAGCGCCGCUCGCUCCGCCGAGAGCGCAACAAGCUGGCGGCCGCCCGGUGUCGGAAGCGGCGGCUGGACCAGACCAACACCCUGCAGGACGAGACGGACGAGCUCGAGGAGAAGAAGAACGGCCUGCAGCAGGAGAUCCAGCUCCUGCAGCAGCAGCGUGACGAGCUCGAGUUCCUCCUGGCCACCCACAAGGCCGUGUGCCGCCGCCGCCAGCAGAUGGCGUCCACGACGGCCAACAGCCUCACCAGCGGCACCAACACCACGACCGCCGCCGCCAUCGCCGUCAGCGCCUCCGCCGCUCACUCGGCUCGCCUGCUCAAGAAGGAGAUGCUGCUGGAGGAGGAGCCCGCGGUGAAGGAGGAGCCGAUGGAGCACGAGGAGGACCUCCGGCGCCCCAAGGGCGAGGGCAGCCUCAACCGGCCCAGCCGACCCACCAGCCUCAACGUGGCGCCCGUGGCCCUCCGCCCCCCCAGCGUGGCCGACCUGGGCGUGCCCAUCGAGACGCCCUCGGCGGGACUGCGCGGACUGAACUUCGAGUCGAUGAUGGAGGGCGGCACCGGCCUCACGCCCGUCACCAGCGGCACGGGCCUCACGCCCCUGCACACGGGGCUGACGCCGCUGAGCACGCCCGUGGUGUCGGCGCCCGCCGUGUCGAGCGCGUCCAACAACUGCGGCUCGCAGCAGCGCUCGUCGUCCUCGGACCUGUCGUCGCCCGACUCCGUCCCGCCCAAGCUGGUGUCCCUCUGAGGCCCGCGGACCACCGGCCCCCGCCCACGCCCCCGCCCACACCGCUACACCCUGAGAUCCCUGACGUCUGGGCUGCGCCCAUCGACGAAUGCGAGUCCCUGACAUGCAUCCGUCCCUCGUGUCCCCGCGAGACGCCCUCCC